UGAGUGAGUGAGGGAGUGAGUGAGUGGAGUGAGUGUGUGUGUGUGUAUGUGUGGUUGAUCAGCAUCCCGGGAAGAUUUGAAGGACGACUCGGAAGAUCAGCGCGCGCUUGGCUGUCAUGACGGGAGACGCGGCGCGCAGAGCGGCGGUGAGCGCGUGGCUGCUGGCGGUCCUCUCCUCUCUGGCGACCGGCGGCCACUCCCUCACCUCGGAUGGCAGCAGUGGCCUGAGGGACAGCCCCAAGUCCAAGGCGCGGACCUACUGGAGCCAGAGCAGCAAGGCCGUGUCCAUCAGCCGCCUGCUCUCCGAGAGCCUGUUCGCCCGCAAGAACUUCACCUCGCUGGACCUGAGCUACGACGCCGCCCACCCAGCCGACCUGCAGCAGGAGCACUGGAGCUGGCUCUACAACGCCUCGGCCGCCGCCGCCGGCGGGCCGGACCCCGACCCGCGGCCCAGGACCAAGCGGAGGCCCAUGGUGAAGACGGGAAAGUUCAAGAAGAUGUUCGGCUGGGGCGACUUCCACUCCAACAUCAAGACGGUGAAGCUCAACCUGCUGAUCACCGGCAAGAUCGUGGACCACGGCAACGGCACCUUCAGCGUGUACUUCCGCCACAACGCCACGGGCCAGGGCAACGUCUCCGUGGGGCUGGUGCCGCCCACCAAGGCGGUGGAGUUCCGGGGCCAGCCGCCGCCGCAGCAGCACCACCACCCGCCGCAGCAGCAGCAGCAGCAGACGGCGUUGGAGGCCAAGGACACCAAGCUGUUCAACUGUCGGGUGGAGUACGAGAAGGUGGAGCGGGGUACGCGCAACACGCUGUGCGCCCACGACCCGUCGCAGAGCUGCUCCCAGGACCAGACGCAGAGCCACGUGUCCUGGCUCUGCUCCAAGCCCUUCAAGGUCAUCUGCAUCUUCAUCACCUUCUACAGCACCGACUACAAGCUGGUGCAGAAGGUCUGCCCCGACUACAACUACCACAGCGACACCCCCUACCUGCCCACCGGGUGA